AUAAUAAUAGAAAGUGAAAAAAAACUGGAAAAAAGAGGAUAACAAACAGAAGAAAAAAAAAUCAUGUCAUCAAAUUAUCUAAACCCAUAUCAGAUACGGGAUAGUACAAUGUACAGUAGUUAUCCACCACGUUCACCUGAAGAAGCACUUUGUCUACAGGAUAGAAAAUGGUGGGCAUUUCUAUUGUCCAGUAUUUGUACAUUUUUGGCAGGCAUAUUCAUCGUAUUGGUUUAUCGAUUGAUUGAAUUUCUAUUCUCAAGUUCCAAUUCAAGAUCUGAUCAUAUGAAAAGUAAUCAACAACAAUAUCAACAACAGCAGCAACGGCAGCAGCAACAACAACAACAACAGAAUACAAAUCAACGUGAUGGUGCUGCUGGUGUCGGUGUCUAUCAAGGUCCACAUCAUCAUCCACAAACCAGUAGUGGUAGUACUGGACAAUUGAAAUUUCAGAAUCAAGAAUCGGUUGGAUUUUUUAAUCAAGAUCUUGGUUGGAUUGCUGAAGCAAAAGAUUGGGCUGGUGAAUUAAUUUCAGGUCAAUCAACUACUGGUCGUAUUUUGGUUGUGCUUGUAUUUUUACUUUCAAUUGCAUCGCUUAUCAUUUAUUUUAUUGAUGCAUCGAGAACUGGUCCGCCAGGAAUCGGUGACAAUGUUGAAAAAUGCCAAAAAUGGAAUGAAAAUGCUACACAACAAUUUGAUUUGGCAUUAAACAUUUUCUUUAUGGUCUAUUUUUUCAUAAGAUUCAUAGCUGCCUCAGAUAAAUUAUGGUUUAUGCUCGAGCUUUAUUCAUUUGUCGAUUAUUUUACGAUACCGCCUUCAUUUGUUUCAAUUUAUGUUGAUCGAACCUGGAUCGGUCUACGUUUUCUUCGUGCACUUCGUUUAAUGUCAUUUCCAGAUAUUUUACAAUAUCUAAAUGUAUUAAAAACAUCAUCAUCAAUACGUUUGGCUCAAUUAAUUUCAAUUGUUGUUAGUGUUUGGUUAACGGCUGCCGGUCUUAUACAUUUGCUUGAAAAUUCAGGUGAUCCAUUGGAUUUUCGUAAUGGCCAUUAUAUGUCCUAUUGGGAUUGUGUUUAUUUUCUUAUUGUCACCAUGUCUACGGUUGGCUAUGGUGAUAUACAUUGUAAAACAACCUUGGGUCGUACAUUUAUUGUUUUAUUUAUACUGGUCGGUUUGGCCGUAUUUGCCUCUUGUAUACCGGAAAUUAUUGAUCUUAUUGGAUCGAGGCCAAAAUAUUCGGGUACAUUUAAAUCCGAACGAAGAAGACAUAUCGUUGUCUGUGGUCAUAUAACCUAUGAAAGUGUUAGCCAUUUUCUCAAAGAUUUUCUACAUGAAGAUCGUGAAGAUGUUGAUGUUGAAGUUGUAUUUCUACAUCGUAAACCACCGGAUCUUGAAUUAGAAGGUUUAAUAAAACGUCAUUUUACAACUGUUGAAUUUUUUCAAGGUUCUGUGAUGAAUCCAAUCGAUUUAAGUCGUGUAAAAGUAUAUGAUGCAGAUGCAUGUUUAGUAUUAGCCAAUAAAUAUUGUCAAGAUCCAGAUGCAGAAGAUGCAGCAAAUAUAAUGCGUGUUAUUUCAAUAAAAAAUUAUAGCGAUGAUAUUCGGGUGAUUAUUCAACUAAUGCAGUACCAUAACAAGGCCUAUCUACUUAAUAUUCCAUCUUGGAAUUGGAAAAGAGGUGAUGAUGUAAUCUGUGUAAGCGAACUUAAACUUGGUUUCAUUGCUCAAUCUUGUCUGGCACCGGGAUUUUCAACAAUGUUGGCCAAUUUAUUUGCUAUGCGAUCAUUUAAAACGGCACCUGAUAUGCCUUCAUGGCAAAAUGAUUAUCUUUGUGGUACUGGAAUGGAAAUGUAUACUGAAUAUCUGAGUCCAGCAUUCGAAUAUAUGACAUUUCCACAAGCAGCUGAACUUUGUUUUUUAAAACUUAAAUUAUUAUUAAUUGCAAUAGAAAUAUCAUCACCAGAUAAAACCGAAGAAACUGGUUCAAAUAUAUUGAUUAAUCCUAAAUCAAAUUUUGUACGUAUUCAGGGAAAAACGCAAGGAUUUUUUAUGGCACAAAGUGCCGAUGAAGUUAAAAGAGCAUUAUGGUAUUGUAAAAUAUGUCAUGCUGAUAUCAAAGAUGAAAAAGUGAUUAAAAAAUGCAAAUGUCGUAUGUAUGAAGGAAACGUAUUGCCCAGACAUUCAAUCGUUGAAUUUGCUCGCAGUACACGUAAACAUCGAGUUCAAAUUGCUCAUCAAGUACCGGAAUAUAUUGUACAACCACCACCACCACCAACACAACUACCCAUAUUAUCAUCAACGACAAGCGGAAAAAUAACAACAUCUAUGACCAACCCGUUACAACAACAACAACAACUACAACAAAGAUUAGUAUCAGUACAACAGACGCCUUUUACACAGCCAAUUUUAGUGCCACAACAACAGCAACAACAACAACAACUACCACCGCCUAUAUCAUCAUUAUUACAUCAUCAAGUUCAUUAUAAUAAUUUUGAAACGACCAUUUUACCUCAACAAACGAUAAAUUGUCCACAAUUAUCAAAUGGCGGUUAUCAUCAUCAUCAACAUGGACUACGAAAUCGUCAUGGUACAUCAUCAUCAAUGAUGAAUAUGGCUAUAUCAAAUUCAUCAUCAACAGCUGUAGCAGCAGCAAAAACAAUGAUUGUGCCACCACCAUAUUCAUAUUCAGUACCACCGCCAAGUUCAUUAAAUCAUCAUCCACAUGGACAUCAUUUGAUCAACGUUAAUGUUGAUGAUCCAAACAACAAUGGUAAUCAUCAUCAUCCACAAGAUAUUGAUAUUAAUAUUGAUGGACAAAUAACACCAGAACCAUCAUUUCAACGAAGACGUUUAGCAUCAUAUCCGAUGCAGCACGAAUCAUUAUAUCAUCAUCAACAACAACAACAACAACAUCUGCAUCAACAACAAUUAGCACAAUAUCAGCAUAGCCAUAGUAUAUAUAGUAACCAACACCGAAUGCACCAUUCACAACAACAACAAUUACAUCAGCACUAUCAGCACCAACGCCAUUUUACACAAACCGAUCCUUUAUUAUUGCCUUAUCAUACUCAGAAUAAUCCUGAUUCUGUUGUUGUCGAUGAUGAUGUUGUUGAUGUUGAUGAUGAUGUUGAUGUUGAUGUUGAUGUUGAUGAUCCUGAUGAUAUUGUUACAGAUAUAUAUCAUCCACAUACAGCACCACCGGCAAGCCAUUAUCCAUCACAAUCAAUACAACAACAACAUCAGCAAAUAUCAGCAACAGCUCCAGCUAUCGUUACUGGAUCAUCCGUUACUACUGGUGGUUUUGGUGAUUCAACAACAGUUGUUAAUAAUAAUAAUAAUUCCAUUCCCGGUGGACAACAAUUAUCUAAUACUAAUCGUGUACAUCAUCAACAACAUCAUCCACAAUCUGGAUCACAUCAUCAUCAACAACAACGACAUUCAAUGGUACAUAUGUCAACGAAUGAUCUUUAUACAAAUAUUUAUGAUGAAAAUCGUGAUGGCCUGAAUCCUGGUGCACAAUCAUCAUUAUCCAAUUAUAUUUCGGGUACAACACCAUAUGAACAUCAUCAACGUAAUACAACCGGUGGUGUUACAUUUGGUGGUAUUACUAGUACAUCAGAUCCAUCAGAUCCACAACAACGUUCAUCAUCAGCAUUACCAUAUACUGAUACACAAUUGGCACGAUUAUCAUAUGAAGUUAAAAAAUUAAUGCCUACAGCUGCUAAACCAGAAACAUUCGGCCUAAGUACAACCGGUAUUGCAAAUGGACCCGAUAUGAUGGGAUUUGAAGAUAGUGAAUUUGAUUUUGAUCGUACUGAAAUGAAAUAUGAUUCAACCGGAAUGUUUCAUUGGUGUCCAGCCAAAUUGAUUGAAGAUUGUGUUUUGGAUCGUAAUCAGGCUGCAAUGACCGUAUUAAAUGGACAUGUUGUCGUUUGUUUAUUUGCCGAUCCAGAUUCACCAUUAAUCGGUUUACGUAAUCUAGUUAUGCCAUUGAGAGCAUCAAACUUUCAAUAUCAUGAGCUUAAACAUGUUGUUAUUGUUGGAAAUGUUGAAUAUUUACGUCGUGAAUGGAAAAUGUUACAAAAUUUACCAAAAAUCAGCGUAUUAAAUGGAUCACCAUUAUCCAGAGCUGAUUUACGUGCUGUUAAUAUUAAUCUAUGCGAUAUGUGUGUUAUAUUAUCAGCAAAAAUUCCAUCAUCAGAUGAUCCAAAUCUAGCGGAUAAAGAAGCCAUAUUGGCCAGUUUAAAUAUAAAAGCAAUGACUUUUGAUGAUACAUUAGGGAAUCCAAAUGAAGAUGUUUCCGAUGGUCGUCAAAAAGGAGUUCCAUUAAUCACUGAAUUAGUGAAUGAUACAAAUGUACAAUUCUUAGAUCAAGAUGAUGAUGAUGAUCCGGAUACGGAAUUAUAUCUAACACAACCAUUUGCAUGUGGCACAGCAUUUGCCGUAUCCGUAUUGGAUUCAUUGAUGUCAACAACAUAUUUCAAUGCAAAUGCAUUAACAUUAAUUCGAUCAUUAAUUACAGGUGGUGCUACACCUGAACUUGAGCUUAUAUUAGCUGAAGGUGCCGGUUUACGUGGAGGUUAUUCUACAAGUGAAACAUUAAAAAAUCGUGAUCGUUGUCGUGUAGGACAGAUAUCAUUGAAUGAAGGUCCAUUAGCUAAACAUGGUAAUGGUGGUGAAUAUGGUGAUUUAUUUGUUGAAGCAUUACGUGCCUAUGGUAUGCUUUGUAUCGGUAUAUCACGUUAUCGUGAUCUAGAAUGGACUGAUAAUGCUUCAAAUAAACGUUAUGUGAUUACAAAUCCACCAAUUGAAAUGACUCUUUAUAGUUCUGAUCUGAUAUACGUAUUACUUCAAUUUGAUCCCGGUAUUGAAGGUCAUAAAAUAGCAAGAAAACGAGCCAAUGAUCCUAGCUGCAUGAAUCAUCAAUUACCUAAUUUUGAAGAUGAUCUUAUCACUGUGAUUGAUUCACGAAUUGCAUCGUCCAAAUUGAAUCGCAAUCAUAAUUCUGCUCAUCAUCAUACAACAUCACAGCAACAAACAUCAUCACAACCUCAGCAACCACCACAACCACAACCACCACUACAACCAUCAUCAUCAUUACCACCACCACAAGGACCUCAUCAUUUACAUAAUCCACAUCCACAUCAUCAUUCAAGUAUAAAUAUCAAUAAAAUUAUUGAUCCAAUAUCACAGCCACCUGUAAUGGAUAAUAACCGUACGAAUUGGAUGGCACAAUCAUCAACAUCGAUAAACAUAGCAGCCAUUGAUCAGUCUACAACAAAUGGAAAUGUAAGCGGUAAAUUUCCCGGUUCAGUUCGAUCACGAUCAAGUGAUAAUGCAUUGAUACGACGACGACAAAUUUCUGAUCUUAUCAAUGAUGACAUCUAUACAAUCGAUGAACAGCCAUCAUUAUCAGCUACCCAUCAUAAUCAUCGACAUCAUAAUUAUCAUCAUGAUGGCUAUCCGGAUGGUGUUGGUGGUGUAGAAAAUAAUAUUGUUAAUAAUAAUCAACAACAACGACGUGGCCAUUCAUCAACACCAUUUAGUGAUACAACAAGAGGUGUUGUUGGUCCUGGUUCGGCAAUUAAUUAUGGUCGAAGUUCAGUAAAUGGUUUCACUACACAUCAUAAUCCAUUAAAUAUAUCAACACAACAACAAUCAUCAACAUUGAUACAGCAACAACAACAACAACAACAACCAAAUUCACGUCCAUCUACAGCGGCAAAUCAUACACAUCGAGCUCAUUCUGAUCAUUCAUUACGAAGUCGUAGCCAUCAAACAAAUCAUCAAGGUUCAUCAAGACAUCGUUCAUAUAGUUCAUAUCCACAUCGUCGUUUACCGAUGCCCGUACAUAUAAAUUAUCCAAGUGAAUGGUGACAUUCAUUCACUCACUCACUCACUCACUCACUAAACACUAAUAACACAUCCUUAUAUCAAUAACAACAACAACAACAACGAUCCUAAUUGCCCGGUUAAAACAGGUUAAAAAAAUUGAGAAAAAAAAGAGAAAACAAUUCCAAUUUACCCAAAAAUAAACAAAACAAAAAAAAAAUUUUGAUCUUCAUGUUGUGUGUUGAAAAUGUCCAACUAUUGUCAUGUAACUAUUAUCAUGAUUAUCAUAUAAAUAUAUCAGGCCCAAAUUCUUUUUGAAUUUAUAUAUUUCAUUAUUAUCACCAGA